GCAACUGUACAUCUGAGUGACGUAAGUCUGAAGUCUGACAUACGCACAAGUCUCCCAAACCUGAACCACAAGCUUAUUGUCAGUUUUGAGCUGAAAGAGCUCUUGCACUGUAGUUAUGAGGCUGAUUACACAAGGACUUUACACACAAACACGGACGUUUGCCUGCUGAGUGUUUGGAGAAAAAAAGCUGCCAGGACAAGUGGAAAAAGUUUUUAUUAUUCUUCUUCCUCACCAUCAAGACGUGAUGCUCUGGAUCAUUUUCCCCAUCGUCCUCUCCCUGGUGUCAUUUAUUGGCACAUGGACCGUAUACGGCCUAGCUUUGGCCAACUAUCACGUGUGCGCCCUCAACGACUGGGGGAGUGACAUAUACUGCGACGGGAAUAGGUCCACUAACUGUUGCCGUGUUCCUACUAUCAGCUCCAGUGGAGUCAGUGCACCAGAGAAUUCACUUUUUACGGCGACAAUCAACGCUGGAUCCUUUCUCUUCCUGCUGUUUUGCUUACUCCAUCAUGCACAUGUGAUGGAGAGACACGCGUGUCAUUCCAUGCAGAGUAAGUUUGCCCUGGUCUUCGGUGUGGUGGCAGCCAUGGGGGCAUUCGCAGCCGGAAACUGCAACCCUGGUUACCUGCCACUCCUCCACUACCUCGGAGCCGCCAUCAGCUUCAUGUGCAUCUGCUUCUACACCGUGCUGCUCACCUCGCUGACCGCCAAGUGCGUGCUGUCAGGAUACGAAAAGUUCCUCUACCCGCUACGCAUCGCCUCCACUGUGAUCCAAACCAUUCUCACUGUCGGCUAUGCCAUUUUCUUUGCCCAGCACCUGGACUACUACAAACACAUGUCUGCUGUGUUUGAGUGGAUGCUCAGUGUCAACCUGGAGUUGUUUGAGCUCAGCUACGUCAUGGAGUUUUACUUCUUCUCCUCCUUCAUGAUUUCAAAUCUGCUGAGCACACGCGAGGAAGAGAAGCUGAUCAUGCUGUCGCUGUCCUGAUGUGAGACUGACACAGUCCAGCCGAAGCUCACAGGACGGACUCAGUAAGACAGAAAUCUGCAAAGACAGAGGCUGGACCGUGGCUCUGCUUACACAGACUAUUAAACACUUUGUGUGUAUUUCUCCUGAAUACUGUCUGAGGUUGUAUGAUCUCGAUUAGUGGACAUUUCUCUUCUGUAUAUGUUUCCUUAUUUAUUGAAAAAAUUGCAUAUUUCUUUUUACACAGGAUGUUGUCAUUUUGCCACAGAGAAAUUAACCUAAGAUUGAAAAGUGCUGUUCAUUGGGUUGAGUGAUUCAGAAUUGGAGUCCAUUCUUUUGGAUGUCUUAAACAAAGCCUAAUCCCUAACCUUUACUCUACUAUAACCGGUUAAAGCUUAAACCUUAACCUUGACCUGGGGGUCUCAAUCUCAAGUGACCUCAGGGGCCACUGAGCAUCUGGUCAGGACAGUAGGGGGCCAGACGGAUUUCAGGAGUGUCUGUGUUAUAUGGAACAAUAUAUAGUUCACGAUAACAAUGUAUUAAUGAUGCAAAAUUAAGCUGUAACUAAAAAAACAUUUAAGCGGCGAUUAAGUUCAAGACCUCUGCCUUAACCUAACCACAACUCUUAUAAUGUAGAAUUGUGGUUCUGCCUCAUUAGGACCAGUUUAUGGUCUCCUUGAGAAAUACUGGUCCUCAUACAGUCAGUGUUCAUGCCAGAAAAGGUCCUUUACGAGCACACACAUAAACAUACCAGAAAAAUGAGAUUACGUCCCGUUCUCAGAUCCUUUCACUUGCUUCCUCUUUCGUCAAAGAAAGCACUGAACGCUUUACGCACAUGUCUGAGCUGCAGUUAAGUUAUGAAGCAUCCAGACCGCUCAGGUCGUCUGUCUGUCAGAACUAAACAUGGAGAGGCAGCAUUCAGUUUCUAGGCUCCUCACAUUAUGGAACUAUCCAACAAUGAGAAGUGGUCUAAAUCACUCCUGAAGACUUUUCUUUUUUUUUUGCAAAAGCCUUCAGAUCAUCUUUAAACACACUGCACUGUUAGUUUUUUUUGUAUCGUCUACCGAAAUACCUUUGCCCGGCCUUUGAAGGGCGGAGGACGUUACAAGAAAAGCAUAAAAUUCCUGUAAGAGCACAGAAUCCUGUUUGACUGGAUGUUUUACUGAGUGACAAAUUCUGUUCUGACACUUUAUUCACUCUGUCUAUGGAAAACAAGGAGGGGAAACUCUCCCAACAGGCUGAGAUGUAGCACAAUCAAUAGUGGGUGUUGGUUGUUAUUUUUCCAUUACCACAUUUAUUAGGUGUGGUCUAUUUAUGUGCACUUUGUUCUGUGUAUGUGUAUGCAAUAAUAAAUUGGUGUGGCGUUUCGGUGUAAUCCACUUACUGUUAACAACGUAAAGCAGCUACUGAAAUAAAUGGUUUUGAUACAACA